UAAUAAAAAAUUAAAUUUAUUAGAUAGUCAGAAAGUGUUUCAAAUGUCAAGGAUUGGGUAAUAUAGCAACGAGGAGAGGGGAAAAAUUUCGUAUUUAUACUGGCUUGUUUAGCUGCAUUCCUUUUUAUUUCACCUUUAUUUCGUUGGCGUGACACGUUCUUUGUCCAUAUGUGUGAGUUAAUUUAAUUAAUAUGGUCAUAAUAAACAAGAUGUCUUCUACAGGAGAAUACCUGUAUGACCCUAAGCUAUUAAGUAAUUUGGAUUGGAACUUGGUGAGACCAUAUCUUUCACCGUUCGUUACUUGUACGGAACCUGGUGAAUCAUGGUUAAUUGUUAGACCGCUACAAUUGGAAGAUUACAAAAAGGGAUUUGUGCAAUUGUUAUCACAAUUAACUGCAGUUGGAAAUAUUACAGAAAAAGAAUUCGAAAGUCAAUACAAGGCAAUGCAAAAAACUGGUCAGUAUUAUAUAACAGUUAUUGAAGAUACCAGAUCAAAAACAAUCAUUGGAGCCGCAUCGCUUGUAACCGAAUUAAAAUUCAUUCACGGUUGUGGCUUAAGAGCAAAAUUAGAAGACGUCGUUGUCAACAAUACUUAUCGCGGGAAGCAGCUCGGAAAAUUAAUAGUGCUAACUGUAACGUUAUUGGCAAAACACGUAGGUUGUUACAAAAUGACUUUGGAUUGUAAAGAUAACCUGAUACCUUUCUAUAAAUCAAUUGGUUACAAAUUGGAACCUGGAAAUGCUAAUUCCAUGACCGUGAGAUAUGAAGAUCCAUCUUGACAAUUAGCCGCCAAUAUUUCCUGCCCAAAAUCUAAACUGUGAAUUGUUUAAUAGAUAAAAUGGCUUAAAAAACGUUCAACAUCACCAUCUUAGUUUUCAGUGCCUAUUUAGUACAGUUUUGUUAGAUUUUGAUGCAGGGAGUGUUGGCAAUAAUUUAGAGACGCUUUGGAAACGUCACAAACUAUAUUUAUAUUACCUAUAUUUUUAUAUUUAAUUAUGUUCAUGGAUGAGGGAUUAAAUAAAUUAAUUUAUAAAUGUA